CCAUUUGCAACAUAUGGGUAAUGUAUAUGUAUAAUUCUAAUGUAUAUGGACCGGCGGCCUUUUGUACAAUAAACAUCUUUGACUUGACUUUGGUUUUAUUUAAACUAUGGGAAACAAAGAGGCUGUGUUUGGGUUGAUACCGGUAGGGUAGGGCAUAUAUAACCCUUUCGUGAACACCCGGUGUCAUCACGAAUUUUCAUUGAUCCAUUCGUGUAAUUUUCACCACUAUUUGCACUUUACGGAUAACUGAAUCUGUUUCUGAGGAUACUCGAGAUUGAGUAUCAAUUUGCACUCACGUUUUCCUUUAUAUCAAAUGAUGUAAAUUAUAUUGGAAAUUUAUAGAUAAUAUUUGUCCAUUUAUCAAGCAACCAAUUGUCAGUAUCUCUAAGAUGAUAUUCUAAAUGAAACAGCAAUUUCAUGAUGCAUACAGAAUCUGUCCAUAUAUAUUUAUCAUGCGAUGUUACGUGGAAAAAAUAGUACAUGUCACUAAACUUGUAACCGUCAUAGUAUGUUUGUAAUGUACUGUGGGCCUGUUACCUCUUGAGAACAUGAAUAAAAUAUCUGAUUCAAUAUUCAGAUUGACAAACAAUAAUUUAGCUUUUAGUAAGAGUGUUUUGCGUGAUGACAGUCAUGCCUGGCUAGUAUACAUAAUGUUCAGAGUGCAGCGUGUUUAAAUCAAUGUGUGGUUGAAAGGCUGAUAUGCACAGUGGAGAGCUAUUACUGGUAUCGGUACAGAGUGCCCCGCAAACGGGCCAUCGCUGUGAGGAACUUGACUGAGUCUAUUUUUAAGCAACAUGGCAGUCGGAGAUAUCGCGGAUAAAGAUUACCUGCGUAGGCUGCUGAAGAAGGCUGAUACAUACUGCAAUGGGUUCCUUGCCGAGAGGGUGAGUCUCCUCUACCGUAACAAACCAUUCUCCUACUUCCAAAAUAUUCGGAGAUACCACAACAACAUUAUGAAACCUUGUAUGAAGGACCACGGAGGUGAUUACCGUAGUCCCAUAAACGGUAGACUUGCGGGUAUUUUCUUUGGGGUGACCCUGUACAGGGGCGAUCUUCCAGAUAGGUCACCUUUCGGAGACACCAGAGUGACCGUGCCUUUGACGGAGGUCUUUGAUGACUAUGCCAACCUUUACUUUGCUGAUUUCUACUGCAAGCCCUCGCGAUCCCGUAUUCACUAUGUGACGAUUGUCCUCGCAAAGUCUGGGUCAUACUCGGACGAUUUCUGUAGAAGACAUCUCAUCCUGCUGAGGCCUUAUGACAACCUGUAUUUGAGAAGGGAAUACUACUCUAACUCUUACCGUUCACAGCGCCGCACUGGUGUAAAUGUGGAAGUACUGUAUACAGAAGCCAUCAACAUCUCAAACAGGCCUACCAGCCUUACAGCUACCGUGGGUCAAGGUCACAGCACCCCGGGUGGUAUACAGAAGACUCUGGGAUGUAGCAUUUGCAAUGUAGACCUGGGGUGGCGAGAGACCGACAGAGGUGUCAAUAAGGAUGAAAAUGCAAAUGGUACAACUGUAUAUGAUUGUUUUGUAAACAUGUUAUGGUCUGUCUGGAAUUUCCUGAGGUCUCUUUUUCGGUGAACACUUGACUUGUCUUUGCGGGUGUUUGUGACUUGUUCCACGAGUCUGGACGGAUGCUCCGUCACCUUUUCGCACAUCGUUUCAUCACUUUUUGACUCCUCAUUGAUUCAUUAAGAUUUCGUCAGGAUAUAGUCGACAUCGUACAGUGGUGUCAAGUUUCUUCAAAUUCUUCUGGAAAGGGUUUUUAUUUAGAGGGGGGUAGUAGGUCUGAUUUGAGUUCUAAUACACAACAACUGACCAACACAAGGAUUAAAUCGAGAUAGAUUCUGAGAUGACAAAAACCGUUAUGCCUAAUUUUGAUAUGGAUAUGCUGCAUAUAAACGAUUAAGGUGUUCUAUGUUAAUCUAUUGUCACUGCAUCACCACAGCUGUGAGGAACUGAAGAAUGGAAACAACACCAUUAUUUUGUAUGUCCAGUGUUCAGUCUGACGCUUAAUAUUACUUCCAAGCAUUUGAUAGUACAAAUUAAAUUUAAAAAUCCACUUUGCAAUGAAAUGAAUAAUAUAUACCACUACAGACACAACGCUGUCCAUAACAAGUUUAUAUUAGAAGAAUAUUUAGACCAAUAAUCA